GCCCCCCGCCGCCCACCGGCCCCAUCCCCAGUCAGCGGCGCCUUCCUUCUCUUACCCCCCCGCCCCCAGCCCUCAGCGGCCAUGUCGGGGCCCGGCGGCGGGUCGCGCUACGCCGCCGAGUUCGUGCCCCCCCCCGAGUGCCCCGUGUUCGAGCCCAGCUGGGAGGAGUUCAGCGACCCCCUCGGCUUCAUCGGCCGCAUCCGUGGCCUGGCCGAGAAAACCGGCAUCUGCAAGAUCCGGCCCCCUGCUGACUGGCAGCCUCCAUUUGCCUGUGAAGUACAAAGUUUUCGUUUCACUCCACGAAUUCAGCGCCUGAAUGAAUUGGAGGCAAUGACAAGAGUGAAGCUGGACUUCUUGGAUCAGCUAGCAAAAUUUUGGGAACUUCAAGGGUCCAAUUUAAAAAUCCCUGUGGUGGAGAGAAAAAUACUGGAUCUCUAUGGUCUGAGCAAGAUUGUUGCCAGCAAAGGAGGCUUUGAAGUAGUCACAAAAGAGAAGAAGUGGUCUAAAGUGGCAAGUCGGCUUGGCUACCUGCCAGGAAAAGGCACAGGGUCCUUACUGAAGUCUCAUUAUGAACGGAUCCUAUACCCCUAUGAGCUCUUCCAGUCUGGCGUCAGCCUUAUGGGCAUCCAAAAGCCAAACUUGGACCUUAAGGAAAAAGUCGAGGCUGAGGACCUCAGCUCAGAUGCCCAGGCUUCCCCAAAGCAAGGCUCAAGAAUGAACGUCGUGCUGAAGAGAACCAGACGGGUCAAGUCCCAGGCAGAGACAGGAGAGAUGAGUAGAAAUACUGAACUCAAGAAGCUUCAGAUCUUUGGAGCUGGACCCAAGAUGAUGGGACUGGCAUUGGGAGCAAAGGAUAAAGAGGAUGAAGUGACACGAAGACGCAAGGGAACCAGAUCAGAAGCAUUUGGAAUGCAGAUGAGGCAACGCAAAGGAACUCUUUCUGUCAACUUUGUUGACUUGUAUGUUUGCUUGUUCUGUGGCAGAGGAAAUAAUGAAGACAAACUGCUACUAUGCGAUGGAUGUGAUGACAGCUAUCACACUUUUUGCUUGAUUCCUCCUUUACCCGAUGUACCUAAAGGUGAUUGGAGGUGUCCAAAGUGUGUUGCAGAGGAAUGCAACAAACCCCGUGAGGCCUUUGGAUUUGAACAAGCUGUCAGGGAAUAUACUCUCCAGAGCUUUGGUGAAAUGGCUGAUAACUUCAAGUCUGAUUAUUUCAACAUGCCGGUCCAUAUGGUUCCCACUGAGCUUGUGGAAAAGGAAUUCUGGAGAUUGGUGAGCAGCAUAGAAGAAGAUGUCAUUGUAGAAUAUGGAGCUGAUAUAUCAUCCAAGGACUUUGGAAGUGGCUUUCCAGUGAAGGAUGGCCGACGAAAGUUGAUGCCAGAGGAGGAGGAUUAUGCACUUUCUGGUUGGAACUUGAAUAACAUGCCAAUUCUGGAACAAUCAGUCCUUGCUCAUAUCAAUGCCGACAUCUCUGGCAUGAAGGUACCUUGGCUGUAUGUUGGGAUGUGCUUCUCCUCAUUUUGCUGGCAUAUUGAAGACCACUGGAGCUAUUCUAUCAACUACCUGCAUUGGGGAGAGCCAAAGACGUGGUAUGGUGUGCCCUCUCAUGCAGCAGAGCAACUGGAGGAUGUGAUGAAGGAGUUAGCUCCUGAGCUAUUUGAAUCCCAGCCUGAUCUCCUGCAUCAGCUGGUCACUAUCAUGAACCCCAACGUACUGAUGGAACAUGGUGUACCAGUAUACAGGACCAAUCAGUGUGCUGGCGAGUUUGUUGUGACCUUUCCUCGUGCCUAUCACUCUGGGUUUAACCAGGGAUACAACUUUGCUGAAGCUGUGAACUUCUGCACUGCUGACUGGCUUCCAAUUGGACGUCAGUGUGUGAGUCAUUACCGAAGGCUAGGACGUCAUUGUGUUUUCUCCCAUGAAGAGCUGAUCUUCAAGAUGGCUGCAGAUCCAGAGUGCUUGGAUGUUGGGCUGGCUGCCAUGGUCUGCAAGGAGAUGACAUUAAUGAUAGAGGAAGAAACACGCUUAAGGGAAUCUGUUGUACAGAUGGGAGUGUUGAUGUCUGAAGAAGAGGUGUUUGAACUUGUUCCAGAUGAUGAGCGUCAGUGCACAGCUUGCAGAACCACGUGCUUCUUGUCAGCUCUUACGUGUUCUUGUAAUCCUGAGCGUCUGGUGUGCCUAUACCAUCCAUCUGAUUUAUGCCCGUGUCCCAUGCAGAAGAAGUGUUUAAGGUACCGGUACCCACUGGAAGACCUUCCUUCUUUGCUGUAUGGAGUGAAAGUUAGAGCACAGUCUUACGACACUUGGGUCAGUAGAGUUACAGAAGCUCUGUCUGCCAACCUCAACCACAAGAAAGAUGUAAUUGAGUUGAGAGUGAUGUUGGAAGAUGCUGAAGACAGAAAAUACCCAGAAAACGAUCUUUUCCGGAAGCUGAGAGAUGCAGUGAAAGAAGCAGAGACCUGUGCUUCAGUAGCACAGCUGCUUCUGAGCAAAAAGCAAAAGCACAGCAGACAGAGCCAGGACAGUGGAAGGACACGGACCAAGCUGACGAUGGAGGAGCUGAAGGCAUUUGUACAGCAAUUGUUUAGCUUACCCUGUGUUAUCAGCCAGGCCCGACAAGUAAAGAAUCUGCUUGAUGAUGUGGAAGAAUUUCAUGAGCGUGCCCAAGAAGCUAUGAUGGAUGAGAUCCCAGACUCUUCCAAGCUGCAAGAGUUGAUAGACAUGGGCUCUGGCCUUUAUGUAGAACUUCCUGAACUGCCAAGACUGAAGCAGGAACUGCAGCAGGCACGGUGGCUGGAUGAGGUGAGGUCCACCCUCUUGGAUCCCCAGAGGGUCACCCUAGAUGUGAUGAAGAAGCUGAUUGACUCGGGUGUGGGCUUGGCACCACACCAUGCUGUAGAGAAAGCCAUGGCUGAGCUGCAGGAGCUGCUUACAGUCUCAGAGAGGUGGGAGGAGAAGGCCAAGGUCUGCCUGCAGGCCAGACCACGCCAAAGUAUGAUGGCUCUGGAGGGGAUCGUGAAUGAAGCAAAGAACAUCCCUGCUUACCUGCCCAAUGUGCUGGCACUGAAAGAAGCCCUGCAGCGGGCUAGAGACUGGACAGCCAAAGUGGAGGCCAUUCAGAAUGGGAGCAACUAUGCCUACCUGGAGCAACUCGAGAACUUGUCUGCCAAAGGCCGCCCGAUACCAGUACGUCUGGAUGCCUUGCCACAGCUGGAGUCACAGGUAGCUGCUGCACGGGCUUGGAGGGAGCGCACGGGAAGGACCUUCCUGAAGAAGAACUCAAGCUACAGUCUGUUACAGGUUCUGAGCCCUCGGACUGAUAUUGGUGUUUAUGGGAGCAGUAAGAAUAGGCGGAAGAGGGCGAAGGAGCUGAUGGAGAAGGAAAAGGAGAAAGAUCUUGACCUGGAAUCCCUAAGUGAACUGGAGGAUGGGCUGGAGGAGGCCAGGGACACUGCAGCUGUGGUGGCUGUAUUCAAGGAGAGGGAACAGAAAGAGAUUGAAGCCAUGCAUGCUCUCAGGGCAGCUAACCUGGCCAAGAUGACUAUGGUGGAUCGUAUCGAAGAAGUCAAAUUCUGUAUCUGUCGCAAAACAGCAAGUGGAUUCAUGCUGCAGUGUGAGCUGUGCAAAGACUGGUUUCAUAGUGGCUGUGUGCCCCUUCCCAAAACAAGUUCUCAGAAGAAGGGCUCUAGUUGGCAGGCCAAAGAAGUGAAGUUUUUGUGUCCACUUUGUAUGCGUUCUCGAAGGCCGCGACUUGAGACAAUACUGUCUCUGCUGGUGUCCCUGCAGAAGCUACCUGUACGGCUGCCAGAAGGGGAGGCAUUGCAGUGCUUGACAGAACGUGCCAUGAGUUGGCAGGACCGAGCACGACAGGCUUUGGCCACUGAUGAGUUGUCAUCUGCUUUGGCUAAGCUUUCUGUGCUCAGCCAGCGAAUGGUGGAGCAGGCAGCACGGGAGAAAACAGAGAAAAUAAUCAGUGCAGAGCUACAGAAAGCAGCAGCCAACCCAGACCUGCAGGGACACUUAACUAGUUUCCAGCAGUCAGCCUUUAACAGAGUGAUAGGGAGUGUGUCCUCAUCCCCACGGCAGACUUUGGAUUAUGACGAUGAAGAGACAGACUCUGAUGAAGACAUCAGGGAGACAUAUGGCUAUGACAUAAAGGACAAUGCCAGUGUAAAAUCUUCUAGCAGCUUGGAGCCCAAUUUGUUUUGUGAUGAGGAAAUCCCUAUUAAAUCAGAGGAAGUGGUGACACACAUGUGGACUGCACCCUCGUUCUGUGCCGAACAUGCAUAUUCAUCUGCCUCUAAAAGCUGCUCUCAAGGUUCUAGCACUCCAAGAAAGCAGCCUCGGAAGAGUCCACUGGUACCCCGCAGUCUGGAGCCCCCUGUGUUGGAGCUGUCACCUGGAGCAAAGGCUCAGCUGGAAGAUCUAAUGAUGAUAGGAGAUCUACUAGAGGUAUCACUGGAUGAGACUCAGCACAUCUGGCGGAUUUUACAGGCUACUCAUCCACCCUCUGAGGACAGGUUCCUUCAUGUCAUGGAGGAUGACAGCAUGGAUGAGAAACCGCUGAAGAUGAGAGGGAGAGACUCUUCAGAGAGGAAGCGGAAACGAAAGCUGGAGAGAGCAGAACAGUUUUUUGGAGAUAUGAAGCAAAAAUCUAAAGAGCUGAAAAAACUAGAAAAACCCAAGAAAAAGAAGCUAAAACUGACCAUGGAUAAGACAAAGGAGCUGAACAAGCUGGCAAAAAAACUGGCUAAGGAAGAAGAGCGAAAGAAGAAACGAGAGAAGGCAGUUGUGGCAAAGGUGGAACUAACAAAGGAGAGCACAGAGAAGAAAAGAGAGAAGAAGGUUCUAGAUAUUCCUUCUAAGUAUGACUGGUCAGGAGCUGAGGAGUCGGAUGAUGAGAAUGCUGUAUGUGCUGCACAAAACUGCCAGAGGCCCUGCAAGGACAAAGUGGACUGGGUGCAGUGUGACGGUGGCUGCGAUGAGUGGUUUCAUCAAAUUUGCGUUGGUGUCUCUCCAGAAAUGGCUGAGAACGAGGAUUACAUCUGUAUAAACUGUGCAAAGAAACCUAUGCAGGGACCAAGUAGCCCUGCUCAUGCACCACCUUCUCCUUUCUUACUGAGCUACAAACUACCAAUGGAAGAUCUUAAGGAGACAAGUUAGCAACUACUCGAUGGCUGGAACUUGCUGGGAAAUGGACCACUGAAACCCCUACAGAAAGAGAGGGUUUGAAGCUAAUGUAGCCACUGAGCUUCUCUUCCAAGGAUGUACAGACCUGCAGCAGAGUUGGUCCCUUCCUUACAGCUGGCUUCCUUCAUUCAGUGGGGACGUCAAGGCACAGUGGUACCGACUCAUCUAUGCAGACAGCGCCUCAUUAGGAGCUCCAGCCAGUGUUUUGACUUGAGUAUUUCCAUCUCUGAGAGUGGCUGCUGCUCCUAAAGACUGAGCAAACCUGAGGCUGUUAGAUUAGACGCUUCAGGGUGUUAGAAGUACAUGUUGGCAGCGGAGCUGGCCUGGAAUUGGUGGGCUCAGGCUGGAGCUUUUAACCCGACCAGGUUGCCCAGAGGAGGUGACUUUGGAAGUUAUCUUUUGCCUCCCCAUGCCAACGCAGUGAGAAGGGCAAUGUCUUAGGAGAGUUAAGUUGCCUCCGUAUCCAGGCGGCUAACACUACACUAUAAGGAUGGGAGCAAGUGGAUGAAUUACUUUUAAUUUCUGUUUAGUAGCUAAAGGGCAGAGGAGCUCAUGAUCUCAGAAAUCAGCAAAGGUUCUGUUUACCAAAAAGAAACCCAACUCUACUCCACUAGCAAAUGUUUUUCCUUAGUGGGGAACAGCUGAUCUUCCUGUCCUGAGGAGGGCCAGAAAAAUAAUUGACGAAGAUGUCUAGCUAGACCAGAGCUUGCGAAAAGCAGAGUGCUUCCCUUUCCCCAGGGGUGCCCUCUCCUGUUCUAGGCUUUGCUUAGAGUUCUGCACUCCUGCGCAUUAACGUUGUCUCACGCAGGUUGGAGCUGGCAAGGAGGUACAGCACCCAGGGCACCAGCUUCUGUGAUCUGUACCAGGGACGGGAAGGAAAGAAGACAGCCCACUUACCUCAGAGGUUACACUGACAUGUGCUUCUGUGAAAAGUUUCACUCACAACUAUUUCCAGUAUCACCAGGCUACGGGCAUGGCCUCAAGCGAUACCAGCAAGCAGUCUGCAGAUACUGUUCGCAGUGCAAAUCCCCCUCCCUGCUGGCUUUGCUGGAUGUGUACCAGUGUACAAUCAGCAGCAGUUCUUGUCUGAAGUUGCCCCUGGCUUUGCCAGAGGACCAGAGGGCUUGGGGUCAUCCUGGGUGACAGUUGUUUUAGUAAAUCCAUUUUUAAAGAAGGACUUGUUUUUACUUUUUUCUAAAUGUCUCAGACUACUGACUUGUUCUAUAAAUAGAUUAUUUUUCUUUGAUUUUUUUAUACUUACCACUGUUAACCAGCAGCACAGACAGAGGUUCACAAAGCAAAAACCUGCCCGUGGGCUUGGGUUUUUUUACUCCAUUCCUUCCUUGUAGUACAAGGAAUUAGCAGUUACCUUCCCCAUUCUAGCCUGACCAGCUGCCUGUGUUUAAAUAGGUAAAUACAUUUCAUGUGCUACCUUUGUGUUUGGGUUUGUUCCUAUUAGUGGGGCAUCUGGGCCUUAAUGACUCCAGUCAGUGCUGGCUUUGUGUAUGUGAAUGUCUGAAGCCAGCCGCUGGGCUGUCUUGUCCCCCCCUCCACUCGCUCCCUAUUGUGUUUCCAUUCUUCUGCAGUUCUAGGAGUGUUGUAAGUAGUGUCCAGUCUUACUAGGAGCUGGAUUGGGAUUUAAAAAAAAACAUUGACAAAAACAAAAGUGUUCUGUCUUGACUGUUCUGUGUCCCUUCUCUUGUUCUCUAAUAUUUGCGAGUUUAUUUAUCUGGCAGAAUUGUCCACCCCUCCAGAAAAAUUCAGCUCAGGUAGAUGAACUUUCUUGGUUUGUUUUAUUUGUGCCUGCUACCUGGGAAGAGGAAGUCGUACAAGAGAAAAGAACUAGGAGAAGGGCAGAAGAUGCAGGAUCUUGGGAGUUUUUUUGAGUGCAAAUUGGGCACAGACUUCUAAUUCCUGUUCCUUAAAGACUAAUACGGUAUUAAAAGCAAGCUGUGGUUAAGCGUAUGGCUGAACAGGCACAGUAGAAAACUUAAGAGUAUUAUUUGUUUACUUAUUUAUGAAGGAGUAUAUGCCAUAGCUAGACGUACCCUCUUUUUUUGCUUCCAGUUAUGUUUUUUCUUCUCAUUGUACGUUUAGUUUUGGUAAACUGGUUGAAACAGAUGUUACUUUCCUUCAGGCUUUAACCGAUGGUACUACAUAAAUGUUUCCCUAUAUGGAGUGGAUAGACUCUCUGUCACAGAUGUUUAAUCGUUCCAGAAGUAGACUAGCACAAGAUUUCGUAAAGAAUCCCAGUGUUCUGUAUUCUUUCAUGGCUCCUAGAAUUUGUGACACAACAGGGAAAAUAUGGUCAGCAUAUCCUGUUAACUGUUGAGCAUAUCCUCUUAACCAUUAUUACGUUCUCUGUCGUGAUAAAAGUCCAUGUUCUAUGUAAUUUACCAUCAACUGGAAAGAGAUCUUUUAGUAAAUGCGCAUUGAAUAUUCCUGUUUCUCUGAGUAGAAGCUGCGGUCACAAGCGGAAGGAAGCGAACAGCUAUAUGAUGCAGUGGUCAAUCAUUCCGCUUGCAGCGGGCGUAGAAAACAGUAAACAGGAGAAAUGUGCGAAUAAUGUGCAAAUACUCACAUUCUUAGUAGCUGUUUUUCAUGUAAUCGUACUAGGAGGCUCUUUUUGUCUUUUUCUUAAACUUUGAAACUGAGGUUGCCACACUUUCUCAGUUAGAGAUCUCCCAUCUGCUUUCGGGUAAGGUGUUCAUAAACUGAAGGCCAUUAUUAGCUUUACGUCUUACUGUUUAAACGUUUAUUUUUAAAAGCUUAAUUCCGCUCAAAGGAUUGCUGAUAGUAUAAACUUUUGAAUAAAUGUUGACUUUUGGAAAAAUCUGUAGAAAUGUAGUUAGUGGUUUAAAAAAACUUGAAGUUUGAGCUCUGAUAUUGUCUCUAGACCUUAGGGUUUUGAAUUUUUAUAAAAACAUGCAAAGAUGCAAACCAAAGUUAAGCUAAUGAAAUUAUUUUCUUAAAUGUUUGCUACAGCUGUAGGAAAAAACCUCUCAUGCUUUGGAGAUGAAAUUCAGUAUAUAUAAAAUCUUAGCUCUCGUGUAUCUAGAACAGUACAUGACUUAAUACUAUAUUCUACAAAGGAUAUUAACCACUGUUCACGUUGUUUCUCUUGUGUCUGACACAAAAGGUCAAAGAAAUGACCGGAGCUGUUGUGAGGAAGAAAAAUGGACUUGAGUUGUGUAUCUUAUCCAAACCAUGUGGUUUGUAUCUUCUCAGGAAGAAGCGCCUGCACUGGGGUGGCUUUACUUGCAUAGAGAUAAAAGUCACUCCUGAACUUCAGCGCUAUUACUUUUAGGAUUUAUGCUUUUUACAGAGUUUCUGUACCUGAAUAUGUAUGUAGCCUGGACUACUUGAUAAUGAGGGCUUAAGGUAAAAUUGAUGAUGCUAUGAAAACUAACCCGAGUUAUUAGAAUACUGGGUCUUACACAGCACAAGAUAGCAGAAACUGAUGUCUGUGUCUUCUGUUAGCCACUCUGUGAAGCUUGCAUUCAUAUUUUCUGUUUUUAGAAUCACUGAAUAGGGUGGUUAGGGUGGGGAGAUUUCAGAAGGUCAUCUGGGUGAACCUCCUGAUCAGAGCAGGGCUGAUUUUCACAGCAGGUCACAUUUUUCAAGGCUGUGUCCAAUUAAGUUUUAUGUAUUUCAAGGGAUGGACAUUUGACAGUCUCUGACUUCCUGAUCCAGUUUUGCAGCAUCUUUGAUGUGAUUUUUUUUUUCUAAUGUUCAAUCAGAUUCACUUGCUGUAGCUCUCCUAUUGCUUCUUCUAAUUUUUCUUUUGAGAAAAGUCUGUCUCUUUUCAAUAACUAUACAGUACGUAUUUGAAGACUAAAGGUCCUGCAGCCUUGAUCUCCAGGAUGAAGAAACGCAGCUCAGCCUCCCUUGAGCCAUGUCACAUGUUAGUUUUCUAACAGUUUUUUUGGUCCUCUGCUGCACUCAAGUUUGCUAUCAUCUGUUUUUGUACAGAGGAGACCAAAACUGGACGGUAUUUCAGGACUGGUUUACAAGUGUUGAAUACAGGAGGAAAAAUCCCUUCCUUUAACCUGCUGGCCGUGCUCUUCCUAUGCAGCCUGGCAUGGGAUUGGUCUUCAUGGCUGCAAGGACGUGCACUGCUGACCCUAUUCAGUGUGUCCACCGUUAUCCCCAGGUCCCUUGGUUUAUUGUUUGUCAGGUACAGACCUGAUGAACUUAUUUUUUUUCUGUUGGUCCAUCACUCCAGCCAGCUGAGAUCCAACUGAAUGGAAUUUCCUCCCAUGUUUCAGAUUGUAUUGCUCCCUUCCUCCCCUCAUCAUCCAAUUUGGUAUCAUCUGUACUCCGUCCCAUCACUCAGGUGAGUAAGACAUAAAACAGUAUUGCUUCCACUACCAACCUCCAAGUUCCACUUCAGUGUGCCGCCUUCUAGAUAUCAAACCAUUGGCGUCUAGUCACAGCAGAGCACCCAUUUUUUCACCCACCUUGUAGGCUGUCCAUCCAUAAGCAUUUGCUGUCAUUGUAAGACAGGGUAAGCAACCAUUGCUCUCCAGUUGUCCCCAGGGCCCUUCAGAGAAGGCAACCAGAUUGGGCUAGUAGUAUUAUACUGGUGACUGUCACUGGUCACCUUACCUUUCAUGGGCCGGGAUGUGACUUUAAGGAGGAUUUGCUCCGUAAUCUUCCCAGGAACUGGAGCGAAGCUAGCUGCCCUGCAUCCUCCUCAUGUUCCCUCCUCUUCACUGAAUACAGGCAUGAUGUGCAGAAGAAGGGUUUGUCAAAAUCCAUCAGGAAAAUGAUCCUCUGUACAGACAUUCCCUGGGCUCUUCAUUCAUCAUCAUGGCAUGUAAGAUGAGAAGGAAAUAAACAUACUGGAGUUGCAGUUUGUAAGAUGCAUAGAAACCUUUAAUUGGCAGAGCUGAGUUGCUGCCUCAAGUGCUGCUCGUACCUAAGCUGUGUGGGCUGGUAGGCAGUUACAUCAGUCCCAUAUAUCCAGACACACAGUCCCAAGCUGGUUUGGUUGAGGUCAAUGUUACUGAUGCAUAGCCCUUCUCUACGUGGCUCUUCAUGCUAGAAGAAAGGCAUAACAUGAAUGAGAAUGAGGACAACUGAUCUUUGCUCUAGGAGAAAAGAUGAAUCCUACCGCUUUGUUCAUUCAGCAGUAGGCUGCUUACUAGGCGGCUGCCCAAGGAUAGCUAUCACCUUUAUUUUGUGUAGUCCCAAUAACAGUUAUUAGCGGAUUUGUAGCAAAGUAAAGCCAAAACAAUUUGGAUAUUCAGCAUUCAGCAGUUGCUUACCAGACGUGCCGUGUCAUCAUUCUAGGUCCAUUGCAUGCCUUUGAAAAAAUGGUGUCUGGCUGAGAACAUCCUAGGCAUCAGUGGUCGUUCCGUACUCUGGAAAUGAAAGAUUUUUAAAAAGUGGAAGAAGUUUCUUAAAAUCAUUCCCUCUGAAAUCAGUUCUUGCCUCUGUAGGAAGUUGAGAACUAUGGGCUUGCUAAAAGCAGGAUCCGAGGCUUUGUCCCAUUAGGUACAAACGAGAAGCAGGGAGCUCCAGCUGCAAUCACUGAGCACGUGUUUGGUCAGCCUGCCUGAACCAAACAGGAACUCUGCUUGGAGCGCCAGUAGUCAUCGGGGAGAUGCAAUAAAUUCAGCCCUUAUCGAAAUUCUAGCCACGCUGGCUUUGGAGGGGUGAUAAACGCGCAGGACAGCUGGAAAGUGCACAGCAAGAGAUUUAGAGCAUUGAGCCUUAGGUAAUGAGAUGUCUUGGUACAAAUGAAUGCUAAGUUGCAAGGUAAAGGCAUUGAAAGUCACAAGGCUUUGUA